AUGUCUUGCUCCAGCCUGUGCUAUCCAGAAUGCGGAGUGGCCCGUCCCAGUCCAGUGUCUGGCAGCUGCAAUGAGCCGUGCGUUAGGCAGUGCCCUGACUCUCGAGUGACCAUCCAACCACCACCGGUUGUCGUAACCCUCCCAGGACCAAUUCUCAGCAGUUUCCCUCAGCAGAGUGAAGUGGGAGCUGUUGGAGCACCUGUGGUCGGAUCUGGCUAUGGAGGCUCCUUCGGUUUGGGGGGAUUGUACGGCUAUGGAGGCCUUUAUGGGGGAUUAAGUGGUUAUGGUGGACUGGGUGGUUAUGGGGGACUGGGUGGUUAUGGGGGAGGUUAUGGUUACAGGGGAUUUGGUGGUUAUGGGAGCCAUUCUGGUUAUGGGGGAUUGGGUGGUUAUGGGGGACUGUGUGGUUAUGGGGGAGGUUACGGGGGACUGGGAUUAGGUGGUUAUGGGGGAUUAUGCAGUUAUGGGGGAUAUGGCCGUAGGUAUUGA